UGAGAUGAACUAAGUGGCAGCUCUAACAUCUGUGACUUGCCUUGGACGUGACUUCAUUUUCAACAAAACAAUGGCCGAGUUCCAAUGGCCCUGGGAGUACACAUUUCCACCUUUUUUCACCUUGCAGCCACAUGAAGAAACACGCCAUCAACAGCUGAAGGUCUGGUCAAAUCUUUUUCUCAAAUACCUCAAACAUACAAAUCAAUUUACGCUUGGGAUCAACGAUCAAAACUUGCCAUUAUUUUGUAAUGAAUCAAUUAAACGCCGCUUGUCGCCAGAGCUAAUAUUGCUAAUACUGGAGCAUCUGCAGGGCAGUGGACAUGCGGCGCCAAUAGACAAAAGACGGCACGAGUGGCAGGUGUAUUGGCACACCCUGGAGGAGUACGGAAAUAUGGUUUAUGACUGGAUUCAAGAGACGGGCCAAACCAACAGUGUAUGUACGCUUUACGAGAUAGCUUCUGGAGAAAGUACCACCCAAAUGGAGUUUCAUGGCGUGGACGAAGCUGUAUUACUCAAAGCCUUGCGUAUAUUGGAGGAGAAGGGCAAGUGCGAGGUGAUCGAAAUGGAUGGCAGUCAUGGAGUAAAGUUUUUCUAAAAAUUAGUUUGUGUAUUGAAUUUGCAUAGCUUUAAAUAAAAAUUAUCUCAUAUUCCUGUGUAAA